CCCUUCUUUUCUCGCGUUUGCUCGUGCAAAAGCAAACCGAUCGAGGGAGAGAGAGAGAGAGAGAGAGAGAGAGAGAGAGAGAGAGAGAUAAAUUAGGAUCACGAUCGAGUGGAGAGGAGAUGCGAGUGUAAAGGUAUCCUUCCCGCUCCUCCCACCAUCAAAGAGUAAUCGCUGAGAAGGAGGAAUGGUACAAAGGACGCGCGACUAUAGACCAACAAGUAACUCGGCCGUCGUAAUAGUGGCAGCUUUUUCGUUAAGCUAUCGGUGUAUAUCAGUUUUGCCAAAGGCUCGCUCUCGUUUCGAUAACGCGCCUGCCGUCUCUCUCUCUCUCUCUCUCUCUCUCUCUCUCUCUCUCUCUCGACGACGGAAUACUUUCCUAUAUCUUUUUCGUUUCUUUCUUUCUCAUAUUUUUCCCUUAGAGUACUUACCAGUUCGUUUACUCGAUUAUAUUUUGCAAGGGGCUUCGCGCGUCUUCUCUUCGAUAUCUCAAAUAAUUUAUUCCAUUCUUCUUCCCGUUCUACGAUAUUAAAAGUAGAAUAGUUUCUUUCACUUCCGUUGAUCGAAAGAAUCAUUUCGAUCUCGAGCGAGAUAGAAAUUUUAUUCUAAACUUAUUAUUUUCCCGGCUGCCGUUCUUUCCAUGACUCCGAAUAUUUCCCACCGAUCAUUUCUACUUAUACUACGCACAUAUGUGCAUAUGUAGUCGCGCAAGCAGCAAAAUGAUUUUUGAAUCGUCAGAGAAAAACGAGUUUCGCGCUACGUUCCUGGCUACGUUCGACGCGGCCGAUCGCCGUUUCGCAUAAAUUUCCGAUAUUCAACUUUAUCGCGAGCGUGGAAUUGCGCGCCUUGCAUUUACUCUCCUCCCUCCCUCCCCCCCCCCCCCCGACCCCACUCCCUCCCCCUCGCUCGCCCGUUAACGUCGAACGUGUCGAACGGUAAAAGAGAAAAGCUUGAGAAUCGAUGAGGCAAGAUUGGAAAAAAACAAAUCUUUGUUUGCCUAACUACGUUAAGAGAGAAAGAACCCCCUCCCCCUUCCCUUCCCUUCCCUUCCCCGCGUAUUUCGUCGCGUAUUUUACUGACAGAAAAUACGUCGACGUAAAGAACACGAUGUCGGAACAACGGCGACGAACGAACGCAAAUUUGUAUUAAAGGCCAUUUGGAAGAACUACCACCGUCGUCGUCGUCGUCGUCGUCGUCCUCCUCCUCCGUGAUAGAAGAGAGGAGAGGGAAAGCCCUCGGAUCGUCGUAACUAUGCAUUACGAUCGUGUACUCUACGCAAGUUUUUUUCGUUCGAGGCACAAGCGACUUUAACUUUAAGAAACUUUUCCUCGUGUCCCCUACAGUUAUACUGAAGCAAAACACGUUGGUGUGCCAGUUCGCGUCGCCCCUGGACGUCGACACUCAUAAUAAGCCGGAGACUUUCUUGUAAUUCUUAUCUGAUCAGGCGGUCGUCCUGGAAGGCAAAUACUGGAAGCGAAAACUUGCUGCGGUUACUGCGGAAUAUAAGAAAUGGCGCAUGUUUUACAGAAACAAAAUUCUUGGCUGGACGAACAAGGAUGGUACCGAGGUGAUGGAAUCGAUGGACACGCUAGAUUGGAACAAUGGCAUGGAAACGUCGGAAAAUUUUGGUACGAAUACGGCGAACGCAUAUGGGAGCACCGGUGGGGCUCACAGCGGAGAGAGUAUGAUGGUUGACGAAGACUAUAUGGAGCUUAUGACGGAUACGCUAUUCUCCACGAUUAGUUCGAAUCAACCUAUAUACUUUCCAGAUCCCAGAGAAAUCGCGCGCGGAGCGAGCCUGGCGGAUUUCAUUCAACCGAGCUUAGGACCACUCCAACCUAAUCUCGACGAUUUUAUGGACACGCUCGAGCCUUUGCAAGAAUUCUUGAACUCAAAGUUACCGCCUGUACCGGAAGAGGAGGACAUGUUUCGAGGUGGUAGCUUAAACGCCAAUUAUCCCGAUAUCGAUCUGAUGACGCCGAUCAAUCAGAUGAACGAACUGAACGAGGAGGCUACGUCGAAGGACGAACGCUCGUCGACGGUCGUCUUGUCCGUGGAACGGGGAAACGGCAUGCAGAAUCUUCAAUAUACCGGAAAGAUAUAUAACCAGUCUGAGGCGGAGUCUAGCAACGUUUACAGGAAUGACAUGGACGUAGAGAUGAAUUACAGGGCUGCCGUGGAAGAAAAUUUUGAGAGGUCGACGGCGACGAGAACGACGAGGACGGCGACGACGACUGCGACGGCGAUUACGACUACGACGACUACGACGACUGCGACGACUACGACGACUGCGACGAGUACGAGUAAUGGUCAAUCCACGCGUGAAAAGAUCCGACAAGAGAAUCGUCGAUCCGGUAGAAUAAGUCGCGUGAUACAACAGACCCACCAACAGACAUCUCAACGAGCUGACGCGUAUCGGCAGGCCGUUCAAAGUGUACAAACGGUUCAACGUAAUUCGGUCUACGAGCAGCCGCCGAGCCAGCAACAAUCUUCUUAUGCCAUGGAAGUACAAGCGACGGUGCAAUUGGCCGCUCCCGUCGACAAUCGAAUACAGGUAGCGACGUUGAACGAUCGAUCCGUCGUUAAUGCGACCCAGAUCUCCUCGAUGGCCGCCGAGGUACAAAAUUUGGUAACGGCCCAGCAGCAAAGCUUUGUGCAAAGUAACGCGGCAUUGCCGGGCACUCAGCAGCACCGGUCCACCAUAAGAUCUUUACCGCCUACCCCGCCGAUGUCUACGAAGCCUUAUAAAAUCGUUCAACCGCAGCCCAAUACUUGUUACAAGCUAUCGAACAUCGGUCAAAACUUUAAUACUCAGCAACAAUGUAAAUUCACCGGCAAUAACUUUAAGACGCAUCAUCCCGCUCAGCAACAAGUCGUAUCGCUUCCAACGCAACAAUCAACGCAAUCGCCUAUACUUUUACAAUGCAGAUCUUCCGGAUUGGAUCUUACAUUGCAACCGACAAAAUUAGUACCACAAUCGAUCCAAACUACGUCGGAGAAGGAAGUCUUUGCGGUGCCUAAGUACCAAAUGAAAGCACGAAACAGAUCUAGGAGCAGUUCUUCCUUGAUACCUCCGAGGAUGAAUCAAUUGCCCUUGGCCUCGGCAAUUAGCGACCCUGCUCUAAAUUUAAAUAACAAUGUCUUGCUUGCGCACCUACUUACCAACAAUACGUCCGGUAUAUGUACGAUGAACGCGUCGACCGAAAAAAUAAUACCAACGACGAAUAAUCAAUCCGGCACGGUUAAACAUAUAUUACCCAUUUUACCGCCGACGGCUUCGGCCACCCAAGUAACGACUACUCAUCACAUUGCGACGCCAGUCACGGUUCAAGCUAUACAAACUUCCUCCAUGCAAGCAUCGCAGCAUCAACAACAACAACAACAGGGGAUACAAUCGAGUCAACAGAUUCUCUUGAACAAUCAAACUCAUCCACCGCAGAACAGUCCUGGCUCGCCCAAGGAUCAUUCCAACGCGCCUAGUCCUCAAGCUUUGAGCCUGAGUCCUCUUCACAGUCCAAUGAGCAUCGGUAGUCCAUUGUCGCCAACCCGAAGUUACGUUAAAGGAGAAUCGGAACGUGGACAGUACAAGGAACAAAGAAGGGUCGGCCAUAUCCAUGCCGAACAAAAGCGUAGAUACAAUAUUAAGAAUGGCUUUGACAUGCUUCACAGUUUAAUACCGCAGCUCAAUCAAAAUCCCAAUGCAAAAUUGAGUAAAGCUGCCAUGUUACAAAAAGGAGCGGAUUAUAUUAAACAAUUAAGGGCAGAAAGGAAUCAGCUCAAGGAGGAGAUGGAUAAUUUGAGACAUCAGAUCGAGUGCCUUAAUACUUCUAUCAGUAAUUGUCAAUCCAUGCUUCCUGCAACGGGUGCCCCAGUCUCGAGACACAGAACCAAUAAGAUGAAGGAAAUGUUCGAUGAAUACGUUCGCACCCGUACUCGAGAAAAUUGGAAAUUUUGGAUCUUUAGCAUUUUGCUUGAACCCCUAAUGCUAUCCUUCAAUACUUCGGUAUCAACGGCGAGUAUAGAGGACCUCUACAGAAGUACAAUAUUAUGGGUCGAGCAGCAUUGCUCGCUCGUAGAUCUCAGGCCAGCUGUUCUCAACUCCCUAAGGUAUCUGUGUACUGCCACUGAUAUUUUGGCAGAUCCUGGUCGUCUGCCCGAGGAAGCACUCGCGGCGGUUAAUAGAACGGAACGACGGCGAUCCAUACAGUGACGAUCGAGUUCAGAACGGAGAUCUCUUGGAAAAGCAAACGCGCGAAAUAUAUUGAGACGCCAUGUAGAAAUCUAAAGUUACCUUAUCCAGUGAGGCCGCGUUAAUAAUCGAAGAACAUAUUCAAAUAUGUGAUAUAAGUCAUAUAUUUUUGUCAAAGCACAAACUCGUACAUUCAGGAUCUUUCAUUAAAGUUCUUUAAUAGCAAAAAAGAAAUGUCAUUGAAGAAGAUUCGAUCGAUCGAUGGGGAUCGCUCGAAAAAAAGAAAAAUCGAUUCGGGAAAUCCCACAUUGCAUUCUUUCGCAUUGACUUUGCCUCUCCCUCUUAAUAGUUAAAUACGAAUAUAUAUAUAUAUAUAUAUACACACACACAUAUAUUCUUCAUUCGGUAAAUAGGAAAAUGUGCGAUAAGGUUCUUUCACGGGCAUUUUCUGCAUCAUUUCUUAACAACGUUUAAUAAUUAUUAUUCCAUGCAGAUAUAUUUUAGACGCGAACAACGACACUGGUAUCCAACAGUGACCAUUUAAACUCGAUCAAUUCUGUGAUAUCUUUAAUAACGUACUAACCCGAUUACACUGUAAAUUCUCAAAAACAUCAUUCACAAAUGUAUUCGUGCAUUCGUGUAAUUAUGUGCAAUGGUCGAUGGAAUACCAUUAUGCCACCGGCCAUUUCAUAUGAUACGAUCAAUUUAAACUUUAGUGUGUUUAAUAAAAAUAAAUUGAUUUUUGAGCAAAGCAAAUUAUGGAUAUAACCCAUCUAAAUGGGACUAAGUGUUGUUCUUUUGUAAUAAUAAUAAAGAAAAGUUUUUUUCUAUGUAAUUAUCAAACGUAUCAUAAAGCUCGCGCGAGAUAUGAUAGGUAAUGUUUGGAAUCUUAUGAUCUGUAUAAAUUUCUUUUUCUUUUAAACGCCUUCGGUAUAUCGCGUACGAGGAGAUAACGAUCAUCUUGCAUACAAAUGCAAUCUCGCUCACGAUCUUCAACUUGCCUUAAAAUAUUAGUCGCACGUAGAUUAUAAUCUGAAAUCGUACAUACUGCAUCGGUGCAUACAUAUUUUUCUUUCUCCCUUUAAAUGACGACACACGACGCCUGUUAUAUAUCGUCGUAUAGUCAUCCAAAAAAACGUAUUGCGGCAAACAGUGGACACUUUGUUCGAAUUCAUUUGCAAUGAAAAAGUAGUUAAAUAUAUGAGUCUCCCAAUGUAUACUUUGACAUUUGUCAUUUUUAACGACGCUAUAUUGGUCAUUUUAAAGGCACCUUUUUUGACAAUGCACCCUGUUGCAUUGUCCGAGAAUUUAUUUAACGCGUGGCUGAUCUUUCAUUAUGUCGUACUAACUUAAAAAUAUAAAGGAAAGGGGGGGAAAAAAGAAAAAAAAGCGAGAUUCUAUACGACGUACUUUUCCAUUAAUCAAAAUGACAUGGAAAUAUUUGCGGCCCUCCUCAAUGUUCAAUACAAAGGAACGAGAUCGAUCCACGUAGACGUGUAGCUAUGCCAAAUAAUUAUUUACUUACGUACAUUAUAUUAUCUAAGAUCUUUGCAAACAUAAAGUUUCUUGUAUCGAUAUUCUAACAAGUUUUCAAUCAUUUCCAUAAAUAGGUGCCAUAUAAUGUUAAUGUUAUAUUACAAGAGACUGUUAAUAUUAAAGUAAUACAAUCAACAGUCGCUUUAAACGCGAAGCUUUUGCCAUAUUAAGAGAAGAGAGUAUAUAAAUUCGAGUUAUGCCUCUAACCGUGUGCCUCUAUAAAUUUUAUCAAACAUUAAUAUUAUUAAUAUCCGUGUUACAUUAGAUUUUCACUUUGCGAGCUAGCUACUAUAUUACGCAUAAAGAAGAAAAACAAAAAAGAAAAUAACACAUACAUACCUAUAUGCGUAUACACACGCGCGCGCGCACACACAUAUAAAUAUAUAUAUAUAUAUAUAUAUAUACACAUAUAUAUAUAUAUACACAUAUGCGUGUGUUACAGAGUAAUAUAUAUUAAUAUGUAACUUUAUGUAUCGAAAAUGUACAAAUCGCAUAUAAGUAUCAAUUAUUAGAGCUUAGCUACGCUAAAGUACUACUCUGGAUAUUACGAGUAUUCUCAUUUUUUGUACGAUUGCACGUACGUAUCGUGUGUAUGUGUGUCCAUGAAGAAAACUCAUCUAUGAACGUAUUUUGUGCGUAUGUACAUAUGUGUAUAAACACAUGAGGGAAGAAUAAGUACGAUCAUGGAAAAAAUAAAAUUUCCCCAAAAUGUUAAUUUUUUCGAAACUCGUUGUUGCAACCAUAUACAUAAAUCAUUUUUGUUUCGAUCGUUCAACUGCUUUCGUAAAAUUCUUAUUACUUUUUUUAUAAGCUAUACGACGGACGUACGAAUGUCUUUUUUCUUUUUCUUUUUACCUAUAAACUUAUGACGCGUUUAUAUAUACAUAUGCAUAUGCAUGUAUAUGUACAUGUAUAUAUACACAUAGGUAUUUGCAAGAAGAGCGCGCGAAACAGCAAAGGAAUGUUUGUUUAUUUUGUACAUACAAUCUAUCUAUCAUGUUCACGUGACAAUUAUAUUAUAACGUUAUUAUUAAAACAAAUGUUAAUCUUGAUAAAAUGGGAUAACGAUAUUGUACCUUGUAUAUUUGUUACAAUUAUUCACGUUAGAAAAUAAAUACUGUUGAUGGCA